AUGCAUCCGAUGGUCAGCGUGUCUGUCUUGAAUCAUGAGCGCAAAUUCGAGGCGACCUUGCCAGCGUGCAAGUGGCUUGAUGAAUGCAAGGAGGUCCAACAGCUCAGCUAUGCAGAGUUAGCAACAAAGACGAACCAGGUCUGUCGCGUGCUGCAACAGCACGCACGUCCCGCUGUGGGCACGGAGGAGACCCUGAAGCCAAUUGUUGCUGCGCUCUAUAUGGGUAAGAAGACGCAUCCCGAUAUGGUGCCAGUGUUACUAGGCAUCACGAAGAGCGGAUCGGCCUGCAUCGUGCUUCUGGCCAGUUGGGCAGAGCAGCGCAUCAAGAGCAUUCUUGAGAUGUGCACAAGUUGUCAGCAUGUCUUCGCCGUGGCAGCUGAGAAGGGUGUCUGUGAUCACGUUCUUGGUGCAGGAAGCCAGCGGCAGGUGAGCUUUGUGAACGAAAGCUUCUGGCAGAAAGUGCCCACGGAAGCAGUGCCGGCGCAACCAGGGAAGGUCUGUGCCAUCGUUCACACUAGCGGCUCGACAGGCCGACCCAAGGGUGUGAUCAUUACGCACGAGAACAUCCGAAGGGUUGUUGAGGAUGGAAGAUUGCUGCCAGAGGAUGAAAGAAAGUCACUGGUCAUGCUGCAGCAAUCGGCACUCUCAUUCGACGUAUUCAUGUUCGAGCUGCAUGCUGCAAUCUACCAUGGUGGAACUCUCGCCCUCACCACUGAUCAUGCAGAUCUGAUGGACACGAAGGACCUCAUUUCCAAGUGUGCCGUGACGCAUUGCUGCAUAACUGCGAGACUCUUCGACUGCAUCGUGGACGAUAUGCCAGACGUACUAGCUAGUGAAAGCCUCCGCCGAAUCUACCUUGUCGGAGAAGCUGUAUCUUUGACGCACGUGAAGCGAGCCCGCGAGAACUACACACAUUUCGCACUCGUCAACGCAUAUGGGCCAGCGGAGAACGGCGUAUACAGCACCAUCGUGGACAUUGCCACGUGGGCGGAUUGCCAUCCCGACUGCGGGGACAACACGAUAGGCCAACCAGUUGAACGCACCACGUGCUACGUGCUGCCGCGGGGUUGCGAGCCAACUCACGCCCAGGUGCGACAGUGCGAAAUUGACGAAGAAGGCGAACUAUGGGUCGGGGGGGAUGGCGUCUCGCCCGGCUACUAUGGAUCCGAGACCGCGACGCAGGAGAGAUUCCGGCCGGAUCCUUUUUCCGGCGGCAAUGGCAUCUUGUACCGAACUGGCGAUCUGGUCAUCAAGCGCAGUGAUGGAAACCUAGUUUUCCGCGGGCGCGCUGACCGGCAGAUCAAGCUGCGUGGUCAUCGAAUUGAGAAAGAUGGAGUGGAGAUGCUGAUGUGCAAGGAUGCUGGAGUGCGGCAGUGCUGUGUUGUGCUCAACAAUGAGCAGCUGGUGGCCUGCUACGUCGGUGAGUUGGCAGCAGGCGAAGAUGGUGCGAAACAGGCUUUGCUUCGCUCACUGGACGCAGCGAGCGUGCCCACACGUUUCGUGAAGCUCCCCAACUUCCCCCUGACCCCGAACGGCAAGACCGACGAGGGGAAGCUUCAAGCAGAGCUGCGUCGAAGGACUUUGUCAGCCAAAGUCCUGGCAUUCUUGCGAAGCGAGCUGAGCGAAAACUUCGAAGAGGACAUGGGCAUCCGUGAGUUCGGCGUUUUCUCGCUGAAGGCUGUGAAACUCCAGAUGAAGCUGACAAAAAGCCUGUCUCUGAGCAAGACGCUGGAGGCGUCCGUCUUGAAAAGCGUCGCCGAGAUCGUGAACUGGAUCAUGGAGAACGAUGCAGACCUCGGGAACGGCCAAUUGCCAGACGUUCCGGCCAGGGAGAACGACGACGUCUGCCCGGCUUCUUGCGAGCAGGAAAACUUGCUGACCGAGUGGUUGAUCGCGGAUGAAGCCAUGAAGACGAAGCAGAACGAAUUCAUCCUCAUCAGAUUUACGGGCCAACUGGACGCAGACAUCCUGCAGAAGGCAUGCCAAGGGCUGACGGAUCGCCAUGGGACCUUCCGCACCUUCUUCGAGCAGCAGGUCACUGGCGGCGAGAUUCGGCAGCGGAUCAUCGAAGUUGGGAAAAGCCGGGUCCUCUUCGAGCAUGAGCAGCUUCCCGCCGAUGAGGCUGAGCGAAUGGAAGAGUUCAAACGACAAUGGCAGCAAUCGUUUGAUUUUUGGAGCAGCCCGCCGCUGCGCUUUGUGUUGUUCUCCAGCUGCACGGAGAGCCACCUGCUCAUCCUUGGCCACCACAUCUUGUGGGACGGAUUCUCACUGCCGGUCAUCACGGAGGAUUUAGGCCGACUUUACUGUGCACUUUGGAAUGGUAGUCAACCUUCCUUGAAGAGCCUCAGCGGAACAUACGCGCAGUUCUCGCAGAGGCAGCGAGACCGUGUCCGCUCCCAGGCGACAGAGCUCCAACAAUACUGGGAACGUGCAACAGAACACCAUGCCGAGUGGAAGCCGCUCCGUCAUUGUUCGGACUGCCCAAAGGUGCAAGCGCCGCUCUGCGGCGAGAUGCAAACCUUCGAGCUUGACAAGAAGUACUUGGACAAGCUGGAGAAAGUAGGCAAAUCAAGCCCAUUCAAGAUCAUCAUGGCAGCAUUCUACAUCCUGCUACGCAACGAGACGACGGCGGAUUACCAGGUCACAGGGAUGACCUACGCCAAUCGGCGCGAUGAGGAAUACUACCAGACUGUGGGGUUCCUCGUUAGCGUGCUGCCAAUUCAUGUUCAUGUCGAUGGAGAUGCUUCCUUCAUGGAUGUACUUCGAGCUUUGGAGGACCGCGUGCAAGGGUCCACCGAGCACGUCUUGCCGUUGAAGAAUAUCUACGCGUCACUGCCGCCGACGAGCACGAGGAACGGCGCCUAUCAGGUUCUCGUGAACCUGAAGGCCAUCGACUUUGAUCCGCUGCCCGUGAAGGAGACCGGCUGCGAGGCCCACGUGCUGGGCUAUGGCUACACCAUGGGAGGAAACAUGACGGCCAAGGAGGAUCUCAUCUUGCAGAUUGAAUACGGACGCUUCUCCUUUGAGUGGAACCAGCAGAGAUUCACUGCAGCCCGUGUGAAGAGCAUGGGUGAGCUGCUUCGCAGUAUACUCAAACAAGUUGCGGAAGAUCCCAAUCUUGCGGUGUCGAUGCUGGACUACAGCAGGCCGGUCGAGUCUGCAAUACAAGCUGAACGUGGCACUAACGCCGCCGCCCAAACGGCCAAGCAGGCCAUGCGCUCCCUUCUCGCAUCCAAGGACAAGCCAUCAAGUUCGGAAGUCGGAAUGCCAAAUGCAGCGACGGCGCUCGGGGCAUCUCCUGCUACUGCGGUUCGGAAGCGGCCCAUCCUCAUCGUGGGUGGAGGGGUCGCAGGAGUAAUGACGGCCACAGAAUGCCGGAAGCAGAACCUGCCGUUCCUACUGGUCGAGAAGGAGGAACGCCUCGGAGGGGUCUGGUUCAACGGAUGCAACAAGACAUCCAGGCUGCAGACACCCAAGGAGUACUACAGGAUUGAUCAGGCUGAGCCUUGGAAAUGCGACACUGAUUUCCCUGACCGCCAGCAGGUGCUGGAGCAUAUCGAUGCAGUGGCUCAGAACGGGGGGAUCAUGCCCUUCAUCCGCUUCAACACGGAAGUGGUCAAGGUGAAUUCAGACGAUGAGGCGUGCCUUUCGGUGCAUCUCCGUGUCAGCGGGCAGCCCGACGAGCUUGUCGAGGUGCAGGGAAUCGUCGUUGCUACUGGCAAACACUCGGCGAACCCAUUUGUUCCAGAGCAUUCCCCGGCGGCCAAGAUCGUGCACGCCUCAAAGCUGGACGACGUAGACCUUAAAGGCAAGAGAGUUGUCGUUAUUGGCGGUGCAUCUUUCGCGGUGGAAGCAGUUAACACUGCGCAUGCCGCCGGAGCAUCCAAGAUCCACUGGAUCACUCGCAGAGUGCACUGGGUGCUGCCGACAGAGAUGAUGAAGGACCUGGCGCAGCUUGUAAAUGAGGAUCUUGACUUGGCCAGCGACCACAGUGCAAAGACCGAAAAACUGCGAAAGGCACUGUGUCGGCACUACCUCUCCAAGAAUUUGCAGAUCGCGAUACCUGCUCCGGACGAGCAGUUCAGCAUCAAGGUGUCGUUGAGCGAUCAGUUUUUUGAGAUUGCUGGAGCUCCUCCAGUUGCUUUCAUCCGCGGCAGCGUCGAUGAGAUCAAAGCAAACUCGGUCGUUGUGGACAAUGAACAAAUUCCGGCUGACUUGAUCAUCGCAGCCACUGGAUACGAUGCUCCGAACUUCUCCUUCUUGCAGCCUCUAGCUAGAGGUGGAGAGCCGCGUGUCUACAAGGGCAUUUGCCUUGAAGAUGAUGCGCGCAUCACUUUUGCUGGCUUCGCCGACAUGCGUGUGUCCCACCCCAAAACACUGCAACCGAACAUUGAUCUGGCCCUGCGCUUCAUCACGGACCCGGCGACAAGGCCUGCACCGAAGGACAUGGCUGCAGAGCUAGACUCGAUGGAGCCCUCGAGUGUUCGGGAGGUCAAGUGCCAUGUCGAAUGGCACACGGAGAUGCUCAGAGCCCUGAAGAGAAAGUCCAACGCAUCAGACUGCUUGGUGAAGCUGACAGACCACAGCCGUGGCUAUUCGGAACCGGCUCGUGUGGCUGUGGUGGUCUUCCCCCAUGCAGGGGGGACGGCAGAGGAUGUCCGGGACUUCGCGAACGAAGCCGACGAAGUUGCCGACGUCUUCGCGGUGGAAUAUGCAGGUCGAGGGCACCGGCAGCAAGAGGAUUUCGAGACGUCGAUAACGGACAUCGCAAAGAAGUUCGUUGACUCCGGCAACCUGGAAUCCAUCACUCGCGGCCGUCAGACGACGGUCUUCGUUGGCCAAUCGAUGGGCGCCCGGGUGGCUCUGGAAGUCAUUCGGGAGCUGCAAGAGCAGAAGCGGCUACCUCCUUGCGGACUCCUCGUUCUGUCCCAUGGGGCAACAUUGCAACUGCCGUUUGAGGACGCCGCGAGCCUAUGUGACGACGACCUGGUGCAGAAAUUGCAUGACCUCACCGGCGAUUCGCGUCUUUGCAGGCUGGCUCCAUGGAGCAGAGCCACUGUGUUGCAGCUCCUCCGAGCAGAUGUGCAAGCAUGCACCCGGCAGUCAGAAACAUGCAGACCGUUGCCUCCGGGGUUGCCAGUCACGAUCUUCCAUGGCCAAAGUGAUCCCAUGGUCAACUCCAUGAACAUGGAAGCUGAGCAGAUGCAUUGGAAUAGCAUGGUGUCCGAUGGCAACGUCACAAUUGAACGAAAAGAUUGCGGUCACUUCAUGCUGGACUCGCACCGCGAGUUGGACUUGUGGUCGGCGGUCCGAAGUUUGGCCGUCGCGUCUUUGCCAACCGUGGAGGAGAAAGCCGAAGCGAUCCUCUCGCAUUGUACAGCACAUCGCACACUGUGCAAGCUGGUUAGAAAGUCCUGGCUUUGCGGGGAGCCAGGGGAGCAGAAGUUGCUGAAGUACAGAUUCCGCUCGGAGAUUUGUAUGGAUGCAGAAGCUGCGCUAAGACAGAUGGUUAUCGUGCAUGAGCCGGAAGACCAGAAGUCCUCAUGUCGCUGGAUGUAUAGCCCCACCACGCCUCCUGGAAGCUAUUUCUUCGAGUUCGUCGCCACCGAGAGGGAAAGUGCAGAUGGCAAGGUGACAGGUCCAUUGGGCCAGAUAGCGAUUGGGGAAGAGUUGCAGAUGACAUGGCCUUGGCCACCGACUUUGCCCCGCGAUCGGAGGGCCGGUGGGGCCCAUGUUGCCCUGUUGGCCUUCGGAACCGGUGUGGUGCACCUGCUACGAGUUAUUGAAGCAGAGCUUAAGGAAGCUCUCGUCGAAAAGGUCGUCCUUCUGCACUCAGCGAAGACCUUGGAAGAGUCUGAGUCGUGUCUCAGCCAUGCCUUGGAUGAUGUGGAAGAGAGCCACAGGAGCAAGUUCACGCUGGUCCGCACCAUCACUCAGGCAGAGGUGAAGCAGGUCGCCGACAGCCGGAACUUCAACCGGCGAGUUGACGAGCCAAUGUUGCGCGAGGUGUUUCCAUGGUCGGACUUCCGGUACAUGGUGUCGUACCCACCAGGAUACUGCGGGGAUGCUCGGAGAAUCGCGGAAGGGAUGCUGGAAAAGCUGGGUGGGCGUUCGCUUAUCCGAGCCAGCCACGAUCUGGAUCCGCUAGUGAUGGGCUGA